AUGUUGAUUGUGACCGACCUUCCAUUUGAUCUGGAGAAGAAGAUACUCGCCUGUGUUCCGAAAGAGUCUCCAGUACAAUGGCAAAAUACUUGCAAAAGAUGGUAUACUGUACUCCAAGAUCUACUCGCCGAGAAACACUUGGCUCAAGCAGGAAGAGAGUACAUCUUAUUGUUGAAUUCUAAUGUUUUUUCAACAAUCAUCAACCUCCAAGAGAUUCAUAACAACGUUGAACCGUCCAUGGAGUUUGGAGGUAAACUUGGAUCUUUACAAGAUUCAAAUGAUUUAGAUAUACAUGAUAUUUUCUACUGCGAGGGGUUGGUCUUAUGCACUAGGGUGGGAAAGGAAAUGCUCGUGGUGGUUUGCAACCCUAGUAACGGUGAAACUAGGUAUGUCCAACCUAGAACAUCUUAUAGCAAAAAUGAUUUAUACGCUCUUGGAUACAAAGGCAGCAAGUCGUCUUGUGUUAAUAGCUACAAGAUGUUGAGGUAUUGUCGUUACUACAACAUGCAACUGAGGCGUACGGUUUCCGAGUUUGAACUGUAUGAUUUUAUGUCUGACUCUUGGAGGGUCUUAAAUGUUGAUAAACAUGAUUGGGAUAUAUCCGCUCGUGGCGUGUCUGUGAAAGGAAACACUUAUUGGGUUGCUAAAAAGAAGGACGAUCAGUUCAUUCUCAGUUUUGAUUUCACAAGAGAGAGAUUUGGGUUUCUCCCUCUUCCAUAUAAGAAUGAUGAUCCUCUUGAUAUCUUGUAUGAUGAGCAUGAAGACACCGCUGUUCUGUCAGUUGUUAGAGACGAACAACUCUCAGUUUUACAUCAGUAUCUUCAUAUGUUUUCAUUAGAGAUGAAGAUAUGGGUGAGCAAUCAGAUUAACACCAACAAGGUGUCGUGGGGAGAGUUCUUGGUAGUGGACGUGGGUAAUCUUAUGAUAGGUGGGUGGUUAAAUGUUGUCUCCUUCUUGUUGGACGAGGAGCAUAGAGUGGCAGUGUGUUGUAGUACAGGCAAGGGUGAUAAUGAAGAAGAGUUUACCAGCAUUUUCAUUAUUGGGGAGAAUAUAGAGAGACAUGUCUAUGUUCAAAGGAUUAACGAUGGAUCAUGGCCACAUAUCAUGAAUUACGUUCCAAGCCCGCAGGUUCACAUUGUGAAGAAGAGUAGGCGCAAGAGCAAAAGGAAACCAAUUACAAGGAGGCAUGAACCGGAGGAGGGCAAUUCUGAAAGAAGCGUUAAGGAAACCAAAGUCACACCCAGAGCAAAACCUAUAGCAUAUCGAAGUUUCUUUCCCAAAAGAGUUUAG